AUGAUCACGAGAGAAUAUCUUGAAGGAGUUUUGAAGCGAUUCAAAGAUGAAGAUGAGAAUUCGAGGAUUAUGACACGGGGAGCUGAUUGUGAGUGAUUUUUGGGUGAUUUUUGAGAAAAAAAAUUUUUUGGGUCUGCAAAUUAUUUAUUGAACAUUUUGCGGUUUGCAAAUAAAAGUGCAAAUAGUUUAGUGGUAAAGCGCUGGAUUUUGAAUCUCAAGGUCACGAGUUCGAUCCCUCUCGCAAGCUUUUCUUUUUUUUUUUUUGGAAAAAACUCUCCAAAAGUGAUCUUUGAACAUAGUGCCGCUGACGCGGAAGCUUGCGGUCUACACUCGCUUCGCUCGAACAAAUUAAUAGGCUUGAAAAUUGAAUUAAUUCAAUUAUUGUUCAUGUGCGCUCCAUUGAGAAUUGUCUAGUUUUGGGCGCGAAAUUCGAAUUUUUGCUCAGAUAAACGAUUAGAGACAACGAGAAAUUGAGAGAGAGCGUAGACAACAAAAAUUUGAAAAAUAAUUUUGUUCGAGCGGAGCGAGUGUAGACCGCAAGCUUCCGCGUCAGCGGCACUAUCUACCGCGCAGCGGCUACGUUACCACAACUUAGCCGCUGCACAGGGUGUAAUUUACUACCUCAAAUCGGUAGACCUCAAAUUUUUCAUAAAUUUUUGGGUAGAUCAAAAAUCAUUUUUCUCUAAAUCUCUCGUUUUUGCGUUGAAUUUCGUCGAUUUUAGCGUGGGAAAUUUUUUUCGGAAUUUUUCAAUAGAAAAAUACAAAAUAAUCUUGUUUGUGAAAUUUAUUUCAAAAAUUAGCGUGUGAACUGAAAUUUCCAAUUCAAAAAUUGCGAAUUCGACUCAUUUUUGAGAGCUCAAAAAUAUUCCAAAAAUUUUUGUUCUAAAAAAUUGCUUUGUUUUUCAAAUUUCUAAGGGAACUUUUUUCGGAACUUCAGAAUUUAAAAAAAUAUAUAAUUUUUGCUGAAUUUCCGGCAGGAAUUGAAUCAACAGCUUGUGAAAAAUUAUGACGAGCUAGCUAUAAUUUUGAAACGUAUAAUUUUCAGGGAAUUUUUUUUCUUUGAAAAAUUCAAGUUUUUGAACAAAAUUAGCAAUAAAAUCACAUCUUUUUACUCGAAAAAACACUGUCUGCAUUUUUGCGUGCAUUUGUGUGUGUGGUGACGCAAAAAUGCACAAUGAUGCAUUUUAUUUUCUUUUUUUUCUUGAAAGAAACUUCACUCGCCACUUUUCAAAUUGAUAGUUUGUUAUUUUUUUCUAGAAAAAUGGAAAUUAUCAAAUUUAGAUGUUAAAAUUUCGAAAAUUUGCAGUGCCAGUAAAUCCACACAUCGACGAACCCGAAGUCUAUCUCUCCCGCCGAAUCUUCGUCAUAACCGCAAAAGAUCAACGAAUUCGCGACAAAGAUCGAACACUGGUUUAUCACGAGGACACAUUGAUUGAACAUUGGGCACUUGAGGUGGAAUUGAUUCAGCGAGAAGUUUAUGUGGAGCGAACUGAUGGUGAUGUCUAUCGGGUUAAUGAAUUUGGACUGAUGGCGCCGGAAUGUAGAGAGAGGAGAAAUGAAGUUGUGCUACAUCCGCAGGGGAAGUCUCUUGUACCGGGUGGGUUUUUUUUUUUUUUUGAAAAAAAAACGGGAAAACUUUUUCCCAAGCUCCCCAAGCUCCUUUUUUCAGAAUUUUGCUGAAAAUCCAGUUACAAAAUUUAUUUUUCCAGCUCCCAACAAAGAAUAUCUAUCGCCAUUCAUCCCGAUUCGAAAUGCCCGCCAAUUUUCGACACCAAUUAAUUAUGUGAGCACCCCCCAACAAAAAUAUCACAAAAAUUCCAACAAUUUUCCAGGUUAUCACCUAUUAUCGCGAGUGUUACAGUGUGCAUCAGAAAAAUGUGAGAUUUUCAGAUUUUUUUGUCGAAAAAAUCGUUUCCAGCACGAAAAAUAACCCUAGAACCAAGAAAUCCUCCACGUGAAGAAAAAAAAUUAAAAAAAAAACAACGACACUCCGCAAUGACGUGUUGUGUAGUUCUCGCGGACAAGUUUCGAAAAUUUUUCAAAAAUCGUCGUUUUUUGUUUUUUCUAUGGUUCUAGGGUUCUUUUUCGUGAUUUAGAUGUCAGAAAUGGUUAGAAUUUAUGAAAAUUAGCUGGGGAUGGGGUUUUUCAUGAUUUUGAAGCGUUUUUUCAAUCAAAAAUGCCAUGCUGCUCGAAAAAUCGAUAAUUUUUCAGUUCAUGAACUGGGUGCACAAUCAAAAAAUCCCACGUCACUUUGUCAGUAUGUCACCCCUAAAUUGCCCGAAAAUCGAAGAAAUUGAUGAUGGAGAACCAUCGACAAUUAUUGUUGAAGAAUAUCAACAAGACGAAGAACAAUUGGCACUUUUUAAUGGUAAGUUAGGCUAACUUAGUUAGCAUUUUCAUAUGUUUUUCUUCCAGUUCCCUUCGUCAAUCGCUGA